AAUUAAACUUUAAUUGUUUGAAUGUUUACUAUUAGAGAAGAGGAAUUGAUCAUAAUUUAAUUAAAUUGUCCAUGGAUUAAAUUUACAUUCAAAGUGAGUGAAUAUGAACCUUGAUUGAGUCAAAUGUGAAAUCGUUAAUUGUUCAAGUUAAUUUUAUUUAUUUUCCACUCAAAAAUCAAUAAUAAUUUUCAAUAUCUUUCCUUUUUGGUGUGACAAUUAAAAGUAAUUCAGUUAUCAUAAUCAUCAGCAUUGUUUUCAUAAUAAAUCAAUUGAAAUAAUAACAACAUCUUCAAUCAAUAUACUGACAAUCAAUUGCAACUAUUUUUAAUUGUUACCCUUUUAAUUGUAAUAUAUUUUUUUUUUCAUCUCAUCUUAAUCACCAUUGAGUUUUACUUGUAAUUAUCAGCAAUUAGUUAAUCAAUUAUGGCAAGAGGAUCAAAUGGAUUGAAAUCUAAUGGAACCGAAUCAAGAGUUAAUCUUAGUCAAAUGUACGACGAUGGUGAAACGGGCUCAGUGGUCAAUAAGAAACAUGGAAUGGGAGUUUUAGUGACCAUUUUAUUCAUCGCCGGUGAAAACGCAGGAUGUGGUAUUCUGGCCUUACCUUAUGCCUUUGAUCAGGCCGGUUGGUACAGUUUACCGUUACUGAUAAUGUGUUGUCUUGAUGCUGGAAUCUGUGGUAUCUUAAUUGGAAAAUGUUGGAUGAUUCUUGAAGAGAGAUGGCCUGAGUUUCGGGAAAAUUGUCGUUAUCCUUAUCCAGCCAUUGGUAAAAUGGCUUACGGAGAUUGGAUGAGAGGCGUUGUAACAUUUUGCCUUCAAGUAUCACUUGGCGCGGCAACGGUUAUCCUUUUAAUUUGUGCUGAAUUAGUCUCACAAUUUAGUGGACAAUUUAUUAAAUUGCCAUUCAGUGCUUGGAUAUUAAUCAUUGGUACUAUUUUAAUUCCUCUUAUGUGGCUUGGGUCACCAGGAGAAAUGUGGUUCGCUGCCGCUGCUGCUCUUGGUACAACGUCGAUUGCAGUGACUCUUAUAUUAGUUGAUGUUACAAGUGAUUAUGUUAAACUGGAAAAUCAUCCACCGACAUCAGCGCCGACAAUUGGGGCUAUUUCUUUAGCUUUUGGUACUUUUAUAUUCUCUUUCGGUGGAACUGCAGCUUUUCCGACUUUCCAAAACGACAUGAGAGAUAAAUCUAAAUUUACUCGCUCAGUUGUCAUCGGAUUUUCGACUCUUCUCGCAUUGUAUAUUCCAAUUGCGAUCAUGGGAUUCAUCACCUACGGUUUGGGUGUUAAGAAUAAUAUAAUUUUAUCGAUUCCGAAUGGAGUCAAGAAAGAUACAGCUAUUCUUUUAUUAUCUGGUCACCUUUUCUUUGCCUUCAUAAUCGUUAUAAACGGAGCUGUUCAAGAGAUCGAAGGAAAAUUCAAAGUACCAAAUUCUUUCGGCUGGAAACGAGUUAUUGUUCGAACUGCUUGUAUGAUCUUCGUCAUGUUUAUCGGUGAAACAAUUCCUAGAUUCGGGAAAAUUCUUGACCUAAUGGGAGGAUCAGCAGUAACCAUGUUAGCUUAUAUUUUACCUCCUAUUUUCUACAUGAAAUUGUGUUCAAUGCAUAACGAAUCUUGGCCUGAAAGGAAAGUGACAAUUCUCGAAAAGAUUUAUUAUUAUAAGAUUAUAAUCGUCGGAGUAGUUGGUGGAAUCUCUUGUACUUUUUGGGCUUUAAAAGCAAUUCUGGCUCCUGGUGCAUUCUCAUUGCCAUGUUACAUUGAUAUUCAUUGUUCAAAUGAAUGAAGGAAAUAACAAAAUCUCAUCUCUCUAAACAUAUCUCUCUGUCUCAAUCCAAGUUAUUCAUUAAUAUAACUUGUAGAUUGAUGAUGAACAAUCAAUUAUUAACUUAAAGAUUAGAAUAUGUAUAAUUUUAUAAUCUUUUAUAUAUUAUUUUUCCAAUCCUUUUAAACCCAUUUCCUUUUCCUGUUUUCCUCUCCAUUCCCAAAUCCUUUUCUUUUUGCUUCCAAUUAUUUACAUCUAGAUACCAAUUUUUCUCAACCAACCAUUACAAUUAUAUCCAAUUUAAUAUCCAAAACAAUUGAUUAUUUUGGAGAAAUGAGCAAUCAAAUUUAAUAUUUACGAAAAGAAACAAAAAAUUAAAUUAAUAUUUACAAAUUUA